CUGUCCCCCACUCUCCCAACCCCUCAGACACUCCAGGUUCUAGCCCCUGCCCCAGCAAUGGCUCCUGGGGCUCCCUCGUCCAGCCCCAGCCCUUUCCUGGCUGUGCUGCUCUUCUCCUCUUUGGUGCCGUCCCCAGUCCAGGCCAUUGUGGUUUACACGGACAGGGUGGUCCAUGGUGCUGUGGGCUCCCGAGUGACCCUUCACUGCUCCUUCUGGUCCAGUGAGUGGGUCUCAGAUGACAUCUCCUUCACCUGGCGCUACCAGCCCGAAGGAGGCCGCGAUGCCAUCUCGAUCUUUCACUAUGCCAAAGGGCAACCCUAUAUCGAUGAGGUGGGGACCUUCAAAGAGCGCAUCCAGUGGGUAGGGGACCCUCGAUGGAAGGAUGGUUCCAUUAUCAUACACAACCUGGACUACAGUGACAACGGCACUUUCACCUGUGACGUCAAAAACCCACCGGACAUAGUGGGCAAGACAUCUCAGGUCACACUCUACGUCUUUGAAAAAGUGCCAACUAGGUACGGGCUGGUGCUGGGAGCUGUGAUAGGGGGUGUCCUGGGGGUAGUGCUGUUGCUGUUGUUGCUUUUCUACCUGGUGCGGUACUGCUGGCUACGCAGGCAGGCAGCCCUACAGAGAAGGCUCAGUGCCAUGGAGAAGGGGAAAUUUCAUAAAUCUGCAAAGGACUCUAAGCGUGGCCGGCAGACGCCAGUCCUGUAUGCCAUGCUGGACCACAGCAGAAGCACCAAAGCUGCCAGUGAGAAAAAGUCCAAAGGGCUGGGAGAGUCUCGCAAGGAUAAGAAAUAG